AUGAGCGAAAAGGCAGCGAAAAAAAGUUUGCAAACAUUGAAAGACUGCAAACGCGUGGAAGACGUGAACUUCGCUGAACUGGAGAUCAUUAGAGGCCAAACACCCGACGAUAUCAACGACCGGUGCCUUCAGUUAUGCCAACAGUAUUUGUCGGGCAUUUGGUCGCAACAAACGGCCGACACUAUUCACGUCAGGCGACUGACCGGUGGUCUCACUAACCAGUUAUACCACUGCUCUCUCAAUCGCCAGUCAAGCGAUACGGAUGUCGGCGCCGAGGGCUGUGCGCCCCGAGAGGUGGCCAUCAGAUUGUAUGGCAGUAAAUAUGUCAACAUUAAUGGCACGGAUGGCAACGAACGGCUCACCGAUAUUAUUAUCGCGUUGUUGGCCUCCCGGAGCCGAUUGGGGCCUAAAAUAUACGGCCUCUUCGAGGGCGGAGAGAUUCUGGCCUAUUAUAAGCACCGUCCGUUUCACGUGUCAGAGCAACAAAACCCACGGCUAGUGUCACAGGUAUUCACAAAGUUAGCCCGAUUUCACGCCAUGGAUGUGCCGGUGCGGCGGCGGCACCACUGGUUGGCCGACAUGUUUGACCGCUUCUACGAGAGGGCCGACACGACUCUUGGCAUCAAUACAAUGGCCAAAGAGUUAGAGUGCGAGACAUUCAUCGAGUAUGACAUCGGAUUGGAGAAGGACUGGAUUAAGGCGUUGAUCGCCCGCACAGACAGUCCAAUGGUCUUCACUCACAACGACUUCCGGAGCAGUAAUAUUAUGAUCGUUGACAACAAGGAUAUGAUGGACGGGGAGGUCGAGGGCGAGGACUCCGAUGGCCAGACAGUAGUGUUUUGCGACUUUGAC